AUGGCGGGGCUGCGGGCGCUGUGGCUGCUGGCGGCGGCGCUGGGGGCGGCGGGGGGACACCCGCAUCCCUGCCGCGUCCCGGGCCCCGCCGGCCCCGCCGUGCGCCUGGGGGCUCUGCUGCCGCCCGCCGCCCCCGCCCGCCUCCGCGCCGCGCUGCUGAGAGCCGCCGGCCCCGGGGGCGGCACCGGGGGCAGCCCCGGGGGGGCGCCCGGCCCCGGGGGGGCGGCGCUGCCCCACAACCUCAGCCUGGAGGUGGUGGCCGGAGCCCCGGCGGCGCGGGACCCCGGCUCGCUGGCGCGGUGGCUGUGCGGGGCGCUGGCGGGGCGCGGCGUGGCCGCCGUCCUGGCUCUGCCCCGCUCCCGGCGGGAGCUGCUCCAGCUCGACUUCCUCGCCGCCGCCCUGCAGGUCCCCUUCGUCAGCCUCCUGGACAGCCGCGGGCCCCUGCCCUUCCGAGCGCAGAGCCCUUUCCACUUCCACAUGAACCGGCAGAGCUCGCUGGAGAUGCUGGUGGAUGUGCUGGUGAGCAUCUUGCAGGCCAACAACUGGCAAGAGACCAACCUGGUGCUUUGCCACCCAUGGGACAUCUCCAGCUUCCUCGGCCUCUGGGCCCGCCGCUCCCAGCUCUUCCUCCGCACCAUCCUGGACCUUGGCUACCUGGAUGAGGCCGGGGCCACCCACUACCUCCGGCAGCACGGGGAGCGCUUCAGGGCUCUCUCCAGCCCCGUGCUGGUGCUCGGCUGCGACCUGCGGCGCGCUCGGCUCAUCUUCCAGGCGGCCGAGGAGUCGGGGCUGCUGCUGCAGGAGCUUCACUGGCUGCUGGGCUCCCCGCUCAGUGCUGGCGAGCUGCAGACCGAGGGGUUGCCCCUGGGGCUACUGGCCUACGGGGAGGUCAACCGGCCGCCGCUGGAGCUCUUCAUCCAGGACCUGGUGGAGCUGGUGUCCCGGGCCAUCGCCAGCGCCGCCCGCGUCCGCCCUGACCUGGCUCUGCUGCAGACGAUGGUGAACUGCAAUGACAGGCACCGGGUGCGCGGCGAGUCCUCGGGGCUCUUCCUCUCCCGGUUCCUGGCCAACACGUCCUUCCACGGCCGGACGGGGCCCGUGCGUGUGGAGAACGCGACGCUGGUGCGGCCGGAGCAGCAGUACCGCGCCUGGAGCCUGCAGCGGGACUCGCGGGGGGACCCCACCUGGGUGACGGUGGGCACCUGGCGGCACGGCAAGCUGGAGCUGGAGGAGGGCACGUGGCAGAGUCACCGCCAGCGCAAGAGCCCCGGCGAGGGGGCUGGGGGGGCCCGCAUGAGGCUGCGGGUGGUGACGCUGGUGGAGCACCCCUUCGUCUUCACCAGGGAGGCAGAUGACGAUGGGAGCUGCCCGGCUGGGCAGCUCUGCCUGGACCCCGGCACCAAUGACUCUGCUGUGCUGGACACCCUCUUUGAGGAGCUGGGUGCCGACAACGGCUCGGUGCCGCGGGCGUACAAGAAGUGCUGCUACGGGUACUGCAUCGACCUGCUGGAGAAGCUGGCUGAGGACAUGUCCUUUGACUUUGAGCUCUACAUUGUGGGUGAUGGGAAAUAUGGGGCCUGGAAGAAUGGGCGCUGGACGGGGCUGGUGGGGGACCUGCUCAGCGGCACGGCCCACAUGGCCGUCACCUCCUUCAGCAUCAACUCGGCGCGGAGCAAAGUCAUCGAUUUCACCAGCCCCUUUUUCUCCACCAGCCUGGGCAUCCUGGUGAGGACCAAGGACACAGCGUCGCCUAUCGGGGCCUUCAUGUGGCCCUUGCACUGGACCAUGUGGGUGGGCAUCUUUGUGGCCCUGCACAUGACGGCACUCUUCCUCACCCUGUACGAGUGGAAGAGCCCCUAUGGCAUGACCCCCCAUGGCCGCAACCGCAUGAAGAUCUUCUCCUACUCCUCAGCCCUCAACCUCUGCUACGCCAUCCUCUUUGGGCGCACCGUGUCCAGCAAGACGCCCAAGUGCUGCACUGGCCGCUUCCUCAUGAACCUCUGGGCCAUCUUCUGCCUCCUGGUGCUCUCCAGCUACACGGCCAACCUGGCGGCUGUCAUGGUGGGGGAUAAGACCUUUGAGGAGCUCUCGGGCAUCCAUGACCCAAAGCUGCAUCACCCCUCGCAGGGCUUCCGCUUUGGCACGGUGUGGGAGAGCAGCGCCGAGGAGUACAUCAAGAAGAGCUUCCCCGAGAUGCACGAGUACAUGCGACGCUACAACGUCCCCACCACCCCCGCCGGUGUCACCAUGCUCAAGACGGAGCCCCCCAAGCUCAACGCCUUCAUCAUGGACAAGUCGCUGCUGGACUACGAGGUCUCGAUCGACUCCGACUGCAAACUGCUCACUGUGGGCAAACCCUUCGCCAUUGAAGGCUAUGGCAUUGGCCUCCCCCAGAACUCGCCGCUGACCUCCAACAUCUCCAAGUUCAUCAGCCGCUACAAGUCAGCCGGGUUCAUCGACCUCCUGCACGACAAGUGGUACAAGAUGGUGCCAUGCGGCAAGCGCGUCUUCGCCGUCACGGAGACCCUGCAGAUGGGCAUCUACCACUUCUCGGGCCUCUUUGUGCUGCUCUGCAUCGGGCUCAGUGGCUCCCUGCUCACCUCGCUGGGCGAGCACGUCUUCUACCGCCUCGUCCUGCCCCGCAUCAAGCGCAAGAAGAAAUUCAACUACUGGCUGCACACGAGCCAGAAAAUCCACCGGGCGCUGAACAUGGGCACGGAGGAGCAGAAAAGCCAGCAGCUGAGUUCGGCGCAGAGGUGCACCCUCCAGCCGCCGCAGGCACCAGCGGCAGGGCAGCCCUGGAGCACCCUGCGGAAGGAGGCACGGCGGGUGCGCUUCCAGCUGGACAAAGCCCCCCCUGAGGGUGAGGGGUCCCUGUGGCACCCCAGGAACGGGCGGGCGCCACGGCCCCCGGACAGGGCGGCCAGCGAGAGCGAGCUCCGGGAGCUGGAGGACAAGAUCCAGGAGAUGCGGGAGCAGCUGCGGGUGGCCCUGGUGAGGAAGAGUGAGCUGGUGGCCGUGCUGGGCACGGCAAAGAGCGGCCGCCUGCUGCCCACCCAGUCGGAGGAGCCCCAGGAGGAGAGGUGAUGUGGGGUGGGGGGGCCAGGGCAGGCAGCCCCCUGAAC